UCUCAUUCGGGCGCAUUACGGAGCAAGAUGGCGCUGUGUCUGUCAGCACCUCGGACAGCGCCAGCGGCUCGCGCGCAAAUCCCGCUUUUCUUUUAACUUUUGCAUCAUUUCUUCGCUUUCCCGGCUGUCACGUGAUCGUCCCCUGCGGGUCGGUGUGAGAACUUCCAGGUGAAGCUUGGAGGAGCUGCUGUCACCCAGGAUCCAUCUUCAGGAGGAGAACCUGAGCGAGUUCCUGGGAGGAGGAACAGAGAGGGACCGAUCCAGGGGAGGGGAGAGAUGAAGCGACGUCCUGCGGAGUCACUGCGGAUCCACAGCAGAAAUGAAGCCCUGAUCUCCCGGUUUCCUGCCCUCUGAGCCCCGCAGUGUUUGCUGCUUCCUCCGGCUGGAAGAUGCUGUUGCUCCUGGCGGCGCUGUGCUCCGCGCUGCUCCUCCCCGGCUGCGCCCUCAGCUCGCAUUUCAACCCAGAUGGCGCCCCGCUGAGCGAGCUCUCCUGGUCCUCCUCCCUGGCUGUGGUGGCCAUCUCCUUCUCUGGACUCUUCACCUUCGUCUUCCUCAUGCUGGCCUGCCUCUGCUGCAAGAAAGGCAAGAUGGGCUUCAAGGAGUUCCAGAAUUCGGACUGUGACGAGUACCAUGCAGAUUUAUCCACCUUGGCGUCGCCAGCCUCCCAGGGAACGCCUGACGUCUACAUCCUGCCGCUCACCGAGGUUUCCCUGCCGACCACUAAGCAGCCGGCGCGAUCCGCCCAGCUGCUGAGGUCCUCUGAGCUGAGCCGCCACAGUCUGCUCUACCUGAAGGAGAUCGGACAUGGAUGGUUCGGGAAGGUUCUGCUCGGGGAGGUGAACACGGGCCUGAACACCACCCAGGUGGUGGUGAAGGAGCUGAAAGCCAGCGCCAGUGUGCAGGACCAGAUGCAUUUCCUGGAGGAAGCACAGCCGUACCGUAAACUCCAGCAUCCGGCUCUGCUGCAGUGCCUGGCCCAGUGCACAGAGGUCACCCCCUACCUGCUGGUCAUGGAGUUCUGUCCACUGGGGGAUGUGAAGGGUUACCUCCGAAGCUGCAGGUCUAAUGAGGAGAUCGCCCCGGAGCCCCUGAUCCUGCAGAGGAUGGCCUGUGACAUUGCAUCCGGGCUGCUGCACCUGCACAAACACAGCUUCAUCCACAGUGACCUGGCUCUCAGGAACUGCCUGCUGACUGCGGACAUCUCAGUGAAGAUCGGGGAUUAUGGUCUGGGACACACCAAGUAUAAGGAUGAUUUCUAUGUGACGUCAGAUCAGAUGUACGUGCCGCUCCGCUGGAUCGCUCCUGAGCUGGUGGAUGAGGUUCAUGGAAACCUGCUGAUCGCUGAUCAGACCCAGCAGAGCAACAUCUGGUCUUUUGGUGUAACUAUCUGGGAGCUCUUCGAACUCGGAAACCAGCCUUACAGACACUACUCUGAUAGGCAGGUCCUGACGUAUGCCGUGAGAGAGCAGCAGCUGCGGCUGCCCAAGCCGCUCCUCAAGAUCCCCCUGGCUGAGCGCUGGUAUGAAGUGAUGCAGUUCUGCUGGCUCAAACCUGAACAGAGACCCAAUGCAGAGGAGGUUCAUCUGUUGCUCAGCUAUCUGUGCGCUAAAGGGGCCAGUGAAGCAGAAGAGGACUUUGAGAGGCGCUGGAACUCCCUGCGACCCAAUUCUGGAUUCUCCAGCCACCACACCAUCCUGAUGAGGUCUAGAGACCCGGCCUCAUCAAGCUCUUCUUCCUUCCCCCUACUAGAGCAGUUUACAUCGGGUGAUGGCUACCAUUCAGAGUCUGGAGACGACAUACUGACAGUCACAGAGACCAGCCACGGGCUAAACUUCGAGUACAAGUGGGAGCAAGCCAGAGCAGAUCCAAGCUAUGUCGCCCAAGAAUCCACGAGUACCUGUGCUCAGGCCGGCCACACUUGUCCUGAAGUGUUUUAUCCACCAGGGGGCAUUGUUGGAGGAUGUCCCAUGGAGAACCUGGGACAAGCGUUUUCUCCUUCUUACUAUCAACCAAAACACUUGCACCCUCCCACUGUGCUCCCUGUCCUGAGCGCCCACAGCCCCUCGGUGAGCAGCGAAUACUACAUCCGCAUCGAAGAGCCCGUAGACUGCAGCAUAGAUCCAGAUUACAACAUCUGCUCCUACAGCCCAGACUACCAAGGCAGCAGUGGGAGCUUUCUGACAGGUAGUGCAGAUUCUGGGGAAUGCAUGGCCUGCCCAUCACAGACCACAACCAUGGAUCCCUACUGGUCUGCAGACAUCCACAAACCUGAUCCAUACGACUCCAAUGAGUCCAGUCCGGCCAUCUCCUUGACGAUGGAACCUCUUUUGGGUCAAGUUUUAGACAGCAGCCCCCUUCGACCCUGGGAAUCCAGUCAUUAUGUGUCCUAUAAAGACAGAGACGGGGGCUACUACUAUGAGCACUCCCCUCCUUUAGAAAUAGAUCCCUAUCUGAUUGGAAGUGAGCACUCCAGUGAGCAUCAUCAAGAGAGCUGGGGGUCUCGAAGCCUUCGGCAGGCUUUAGGAGAACUGGAGAACCCUCUAGGCAUUUCCCCAUCCUUAAACAGUCCACCUGAAAAAGCUUACAGAGAAACUUACCUGGACACCAGUCAGACCUCCCCCUUGGGUAAGAAUGUGACAGGGGGCUACUAUGAUAUGAUGGGCUCCCUAAGGAAGACCAUGCCCAGCUACACAAGGCACAAUAGCCACUCUGUGAGUAUCGACAUUAAGACCGGAGGAGCGCUUUUUAUCGGACACCGAGACAGUGAUACGGAGGAGGAGGAAGACAUAUUCACCGAGAGACACACCUGCAACACCUGGCCUUCCAAACAGCGGCACAGCAGCGCAGGUCACAGCAGACGGGCCAGCCACAGUUGCAGGCAGGAGUCCUACACUGAUUUUAACUACACCAUGCCGAGUACGGACAUCGAAGACACCUGGCCAGACCAGCAUAGCCUGGCUUUCCGCUCUCUGCCCAAACCCAUCGACUAUCUAGAGCCACAUCAGGCCAAAGAAAACAGUACCUGCCUCAGUCUGGGUAAACACCACACCAUGGUGCCAUCAGACAGCUGCAACGCCUACAUCUACCUGUGCAAUGAAGGGGACACCCUGCUGCCACCUGGAGAUUGCUGCCACACACACUUUGUUGACCCACUCACCGGUUUGUUAGUGAGAAACAACAGUCGCUGUCACAGCUACAGUGACAGCAACUACAUCACAGAGAAGGCCACGGAUGUUCUCAGCAGGGAGGAGAUGAUCAACCUAUCGCCGGCUCCUGGGGGUCCAAUUGUUCCUAGAAAUGCUUUGAUAAAAUCUGAGGACUGUGAAGAGCAGUAUGUUAAUCUUACAUCUGAAGAAACAACACUUAAAGAGAAGCGAGAGGAAGUAAUCAAGGAAGAUCUGAUCAUGCAGAGACCACCCGAGCCCAGGAAAGAGGAGGUUGUUCUCACAAUGACUAAGAACACUCCACCUCCUCCUGACAACCGGCACGUGAUGGUUUCCAUCACAGAUCCACAGUCAGAGCUCAGCCACGCAGCCGACAGCGGCGUGGAGCAAGGGGGCUCCUCCGUCAGCCUGGCUGACCUCCUCGACUGCAGCGACGAAGACGACGACAUAACCGAUGACAACACCGACGUCACUUCGGGCAUCUUCGCCGAUGAUCACAGCGAGCUAAAUGUGUCUCCUGCUUUUAAGUCCUUGCAGAAGCAGGUAGGGACUCCUGACUCCAUGGACUCAAUGGAUCUUCCAUCUGCGGUCGGAUCCUGUGAAGGUCUCAGCCCUGCCUCCUCCCAUCCCUCCAGCUCACCUAAAGCCAUGGACAGCGGGUAUGAUACAGAGAACAACGAGAGUCCCGAGUUCGUCCCAAAAGAAUCCCACGAAACCAGGUCACAACCUCAAGGAAAGCCCAUGCUUGAGUGCAGUCUAGAGGAGGUUGAGGAGGAUGACGAGGAGGAUGAUAAAUCUGCUGCUUUAGACGAAGAAGCAUCAAUAUGUCAAGAUUUAGUUUUGGAGAGCUCGAAGACAGAAGAGCAAAUUCUCUUACCGCUGAGUGAUAACACUCCAUACAGAGACUCUGCUUACUUUUCAGAUUAUGAGAAUGAAAAGCAAAGUCGGGACGAGGAAAAGGAACUCCAGCUGGGAGAAGUGGAUCAUCACGAUGACGGUGAUAAGAAGUGCGACGCUGGUAAAAGGGCAGAGAAAAGGAAAAGUGGAGAGGAGGAGGAGCUAAAAGAUGUUGUUGGGAAUAAAGACUUAAAACUUGAAGUGGAUCAAACAGAAUGUCCUUCAGAGACAUAUUCAACAGAGGAGGGGAACCUGGAAGAAUGGCCAUCCCAGGAGGAGACUUCCACCCUGGGGGACUGGGCGGCUGAAGUGGUGGGCGCCAUGGAGGAAGCCCUGGGUGCCCUUACUGGAGACUCUGCAUCCAGCUUUCCGGAACACAAAGAAACAAAGGGUUUAAAAGGUUCUGUUGAGGCUUGUGAGAUGGAGGACAUGGCUGCAAAAAUGAUUCACAAAAGGCCAUCAGGGAUGUCGAGUGAAAUACCGCACAUCUUACCUAAAGAUGAGGUGGCACUGCAGCACACCGCUAACAGCAGGCGCUUCUCUUCCUCCUCUCCCGUCUCUCCAUCCGCCCCACGAUCUCCGGUUUCUGCCACAGAGGGCCAAUCAUCUCCGGCUGACGGCGAGGAGGCUGACCAGGAGGACGCCGAUACAGAUGAUAGUGACGAAUCGGAUGAAGAGCUGCGAAGCUACAGCGUGCAAGAGGAGGAAGAGGAGAGUGAGGAAGAGUGCCACCCUGUGCCCAUUGUGGUGAGCGACAACAGCGACUCUCACAAGCUACGAAGUCUCCUCAAGAUACCAACGCUGCUGGUUAAUAACCCAGAGGAGGAGCAGAAGAAGAAAACCGUCUCUUUCUUUGAUGAUGUCACCGUCUAUCUCUUCGAUCAGGAGAGUCCAACUAAAGAGUUGGUUGAACAUGGUUUCCCAUUAGCCUCUGAAGGUUCAAGAUCUGAGAGGAAAUCCCAGGAAAGGCCUAAUGCCUCGGAUGAUUCUUCAGAUGGGAAUAUCUCAGAGGAAAGUGCAGGGUUCGAGUGGGAGGACGACUUUCCACUCCUACCUCUGCCAACAUCCUCCACAGCAGCUGACUCUCCUCCACGGCACUCCGUCACCAAAGCUCCGGAGUCCAAACCGCCGGUCCAAAUGUCCCGCUUUACAGUCUCCCCGUCCAGCGUGUCCCGCUUCUCCAUUACUCACAUUUCUGACUCCGAUAUGGACUCUGUAGGAGGAAGCAGUGAAGACGGAGAGAAAGAAUGAAAAGAGCCGCAGAUAUUUCCUGCAUCUGGGACAAAAGAUGGGCCUAUUUUAGCAUGACUACAGAUUUUUUAUUCUCAUUAUUGCUAUGUCAGGUUUUUCCAAACACAAGACAGUGCCUCUUACCGUCUGCGGACACUUUGAACAUAAACCCUUCUGUCAUCAUGUAACACCGGCCACAGUAGUUUAGAUGAGGAAAAGACAAUGAUAACUGUAUAUUUUAGGAAAAAUGUAUGAGAGAUAAACUAAUGAAAGGGUGCAGAGUUUGACUCUGCAUAUUUUUGGAUCAGAGAAAUGAUGGAAGGAAAAAGCUUUUUGAAAAAGAUGGCGAAAGUUUUUCCGUUUUUUCAGAACUGGAAUCAUAACGAUGAGGAGCAAAUAUUGUUUUUUUUAUUUGAUGGCUUCUGCAACAACAGAUGAGCACUUUGGACAAAGACGGAGAAGCUUCAGCCUUUCUACUUUUUAGCAAAGGUUCUACUUGUACUAAUAACCACCAUGAAUGCUUGAGGUAUCACAAGUAAUAUAAAGUUAUUAUUCAGUCUGCGCAGAAAGAACGGACAUGAUAGGACGGUCUGACGCUGUCUGGAUAUAAACUGAACAAUUCUGUUUAUAGUUGUUUUACAGAAAUAACAUCCUGGCUCCCAAACCGAAUCCAUGACAACCGAUUACUGAAAACCUCAACUUUCCCCAAGGUGAAAAAAUAAAAAAAAUGUCUUCAAAUAUGAACAAUUUUAGACCCUAGAAAACAACUGAAAACAUAAAUCAGACCAAACGGAACGAGGACGCUAGUUAUAACUGAAAUCAGUUGGUGUCAUUUCCCAUAUUUUUUUUGCUUUGGUUUAAAAAUGAUUGAUAUAACAGAUGAGUUUGUUGUUUUUUUUUUAAAUCUGAACACAUACUUCAUCACAUUGAUGCAACGAUGCUGUAAAGUCAGAGCGGAUAGAAAGCUCCUCCUGAUCGCUGGUCCACAUCAUCCACAGAUGCUGCUCAGCACAGUUCAGGAGAGAAACUACGACUUUUCACUGAUGGAGGUAAAAACAGAGUUAUGGUGACGCCACAAUGUUUAUAAAAGCAAACCUGCGUUGUUAGAAUCAAUCAGU